AUGGAGCUUUCCAAGUGUCUGAGUCUCACGGAAGUGCAAAUAAAGACGUGGUUCCAGAAUAGGAGAACAAAGUGGAAAAAGCAACUCACGUCCCGACUCAAAAUUGCCCAACGACAAGGACUCUAUGCCGGACACUACCUUACAAAUGCGGGUUUCAAUCCUUCGCAGUAUCCUGUCUUUGCUGCUCCCUACUACAACAAUCACUUCAUCCUGAGUUCAGCUGUUCCUGCAUCUAUUGAUGCGAAAAAUGAAAGAUUGGAUGAUUUAUCUUCACCACUAGAUGUAAUGAACAAGGCAGUUAAUGCUGUGUAA